ACAAAUGACAUGUUAACUUCAUUGUUGACGUCAUGGAAGCGAAGCAGAAGAAAAAACAAAAAUGCAAUAAUUGGUCUGUUGACCAAAGAUUUAAUGAAUGUCUUUUGAGUUUGCUGUAGACAAAGAAACCAAAACCUUUCUUGGUUUCUCUGCUUUCUGGAAUCAUGGCAACAACUUUUGGCCCAAUACAAGAUUUUGCUGCCGGGGGAAUAGCUGGUUGGUCAGGACUAUGUGUAGGUCACCCUCUGGAUACCUUAAAAGUGAAAUUACAAGUAAGUGAAGUCGAUAUGUUGGGGAAUUUGAUUCCUAGUACAACUAAGAAAAUGUCGGAAGCUUUCGUUAUAAUGAACAAAGAAGGAAUGAUAAAUGGACAUUUUCGUGGAUUUCUCUCGCCCUUUGUGUCAUAUGGUUUAUUAAAUGCCGUUUACUUCGGGGUUUACGGAAACGUACUCACUUUUCUUGAUGAGAAAGCAAACGCCACCAGCAGUUUAAUGUCAAAGUUCAAGCCUAACUAUUUCAAUAUAUAUCUUGCUGGCUGUGCUGGAGGGUUAGCUCAGACAAUACCUGGUUGCCCUUUUGAAUUAACUAAAGUUGUCUUACAGUCACAAGUCGGGAAUGCACCGGGGCUUAAAUAUUACAAAGGACCCCUCGAAGCACUUUUUGAUAUUGUCAGAAAAAACGGCUUAAUGGGAUGUUAUCGAGGUUUCCUUAUUCAUAACAUACGCGAUAUUCCGUCAUGUGGUGUCUAUAGUUUAUCGUACGAGUAUUUCUGCUAUAGAUGGAAGAAUCAUUACCCAAAAGUAUCUGGAGAUGUUUUGAACUUCAUAUCGGGAGGUUUAACUGGAGUAAUAAGUUGGUUAAUGAUAUUGCCAAUAGAUGUGAUCAAAAACCGUAUUCAAGCAGACUGUCACAAGAAACUUUACAGAAAUAGCUGGCAUUGUACCAAAGCUACAUAUAGAGAAGGAGGCAUUCCUCUAUUCUUUAAAGGAUGGGUUGCCGUAUCGAUCCGAGCAUUUUUGGUCAACAGCAUUACUCUGAUGGUCUAUUCAUACAUCAAAAAUAAUUACCGAAAAAAGCGACAUUGACCGCCAUAUCAUAUAUCCAUUCUUCCAAGUAACAAAUACCAGUAAAUAUAUUUGCGAAGAAAAUAUUCUUCUCUCAAAGAUAUUUAAUGUAUAUCAUUUACAGUAACCGUUUUCAACAUUCUAUGAAACAAUUGACAGUUCUCAGAUUAAACCGCCAAAGCCCUUUAGGUGAGAAGAAAAUCAUUUAACAAAUCUGUCCAAGCUUUGUAUCAAUAGUUCUUUGAUGCAUUCAGUCUAUUUUAUAAUA